AUCCUGGUCAGAGGUUUUAGCCAAUCAAGAGCGCCACAGAUCCUUGUCACGUGACCACGACCGUUUCCUGUUUCUAUUUUACUACAUUUCCAUGGUUUUGCUUCAAAUCAGCAAAUGUGAACUUUUGAGGUGAAGAUUUCUGCUGCUGUGGGAUUUUGUUCUCACAUAUCAAAGUCCUGUGAACGCCUACUGACGUCGCUUCAGCCAGCAGAGGCAGCGAACCGGAGCAACAUGGCUAACAGCAGCAGUAACAACAACAACAGUGUGGCUUUCCAGAGCAAGCUAACCUCCAUAAUGGAAAUGCUGGCCAAAGCGGCCGUUAUAGAAAUCAGCAAACUGUGGGAGGACGGCUUCGCUGUGGUCCAGGUGGAGCUCCUUAGGAGAGAGAGCGAAAUUAAAGCCCUGAACAGAAAGCUGAUGUCAAUGGAAAACGAGCGUUUCACGACUCUUUCUCAAGCAGCUAAUAAGUCCUCAUCUUUACCAAGGAGAGAGCAGCAAAAUAAUCUGCUGCCACCUGCCGGUGAAGGGCCUUCAGUAGAUCCAGUCCAGACGUCACCUUCAGAUCAGAGCAUCCGGGAUAAGGCGGACUCUACAGCUAAUAACAGAGCACCACUAUCUGCUCAGAUGGAAGAAAAUCAACGUAAGUCGGACCUCUGUGAAGCUGAUGAUGGAGACAAAGAAGACUCCGUAGUAAAGCUGGAGGAGGAUGAUGAUGUUGAGAUUGUGGAGCAAGAAGUGGAUUUGAAUCCCAGAAGCAGUAUAGCAGGUCACCAUGAAGUGGAACGGAUCCAACGACCUGCAGAAGUGCCACAAGAAAAAGAGACCCAGCAUUGGGCGUCUGUUUCAGUGGGAGACAGCGACACAGAAAAUGAUUCUGACUGCUUCUUCGAAUCAAACCAUCUUUCGCAAAAUCUGGACUCAGAAAUCCUGCUUAUUCAAAACUCUCUGGACAUCUUUGAUAACUCAGCAGAGGCAACUUAUUCUGAUCGGCAGGCGAGGGAGAACAGGACCCUUCAAGGUGCUUCAAGUAAAUCCAGAGCUCCUGUGACUUUCAGCCAAUCACAGCCAAGUCAGCAAACAUCACAGCACGCAGACAGAGAAACAUCUGUCGGGUUCCUUUUAGAAAAACAGCGGCGAACUAGAAACAUGUCAGCUUUUAUCCCUGACAGCAGACUGUUUGUUUCAAAUGAGCCAGAGUUGCACAAAACUGUCGAGAGUCGGCGCGUUAAGGAGAAAUGGUACAUCUGCCCGUUCUGCGGCAAAAGCUUCGACCGCGUCAGCCAUCUGCAGAUCCAUCAGCGAAUUCACACAGGGGAGAAACCGUACACGUGUGAACUGUGUGGCAAGUGUUUUUCCCAGAGGAGUAACCUGCGCACUCAUCAACGAACUCACAAGGAGCCUCUUUCUCAAAAUGUUUAAUUCGAAGACGGAGAAAAGCUCAGUUUUAUUGUUUUUAUAUUCCCGAAAUAUUGCAGCUCAUUUUUACUGUGGAAUUGUUUUAUAAUACCAAUGACAUAUCUUGGGAUGUGAGGACAAAAACUAAUUCGUCUGAUUAAAGGUCUAUCCAAUUCUUAGAUCAAGAAAAACAUUUAGUCACUUGAAUCACCUUUUUCAUUGAUUAGCUCCCCUGGUUAAGAUGUGUAAGAAGCCUUAAAAUAAAUGUAUCUGUUUUUGCAGUA